GCAUCGUAUUAUAAAAAUUAAGGAAUGCAUUCACGUUGCUGAGUUUAGUAAUACACGUACAAUGUUCUCUUUUUUCAAAAUUCUCCGUAACAAGAAAAGACAACUCGCCAUGUACUUGCAUAAUUACAGUCGUUACUUCUUUAAUUCGACUAUAAAAUUUUCUUGUAAGUAUAUUAACCUCUCUUGCAACACAUAUUAUAUUCAAAACAAAAUACACUUUCCCACACAAAACAAGCUGGCUUACAAUUACAAUAAUUAGUAAAGUAUACAAGAUGAAAGAUGAACUCGUGUUAUCUUUACUUUAUAUCACGAGAUUUCUCAAACAAUCAUAUUCUUUUGUUUCUCCUUUGUAUAUUAAAAUGUAGCCUGUCAUCUAAUUACAAGAUAUUCUUUUAUACUGCAUCUUGUUUGCAGCAAAGGUGUCUGUAGGGGCGUUAGCAAUUAGUUUUCAUCUUGAUCGUGCACUUUUAUGUGUUACUUUUAAGAAUUUUGUCUGAACGAACGAAGCAGUUCGUUUCUUGCUCAGUGCCAUUGAACUAAAAUUGUUCUGAAAGAUGAUUGCAAAAUAUUUCAAACCAGUGAUCAACUACAGCAGCUGGGCCGACCGAUUUAGCAGUAUAUGGACAUUUCUUGCCUUUAUAAUAAUUGCACUUGUUGCAGCAUGGCGUCACCACGUCGGACCAAAUGUUUCAUGCUAUUUACCUUAUGGAGUCAGAUAUCAACCGAAUUUUACAUCAGAAAUGUCUAAGUAUAUACACGAUAGGUGUUGGUCCGCUAGACAAUUGACGGUAUACUAUCCAGAACAACGAUACGAGUACGCCGUUGUUUCUGACGAGUAUUAUAAUCGAAGGAAAGAUAGCAGACGUACACUUUACCAAUGGUUACCUGUCAUAAUUGCUUGCCAGGCCUUGUUCUUUAGGUUACCAGAUGUGCUUUUGAGAGUAUUUGAUUCACUGUUUGGAUAUGGCUCCUCAAAGAUAGUAGGUCUUGUGCGUGGAUAUAAGUCCUUGUCCGCCAUUGACAGGACAGCACUGGCGAGAGAAUUGGCAAAUUAUUUCAAGGUUAUCUUUGAAUCACGAACAUUAAAGAAAAUUGGGAUACUAGCUGUUGUUAUCAUUUUUGUGAAACUUUUGUUUUUCGCCAAUGCUUUAACUCAGCUAAUUCUCCUCGAUGGGUAUUUAUCUCCCACGAAUGAAACCUCCUAUGGACGGCAUAUUGUUGAUGGCAUUAUCAGCAGGAACUAUUCCGAAAUAGAUCCAUCACCAGCGUUUCCGCGCCAAGUAUAUUGCUAUGUCAAUCUCCACCGGUUCAUUCCCAACUUGAACCAUACGUUGCAAUGUUCGGUGCCCGUCAAUGAAUUCAAUGAGCAAAUCUCUUUCUUCAUGUGGGUCUGGUUACUGGUAGUUUGUGUCGUGGCUGCUCUCAGUCUUGUUGUAUUUAUUAUCAAGGGAUUCGUACCAAUUUUCAGAGAAAGAUUCAUACUUAAAUAUCUGAAGAUGGCCAGUCUUGCACCAACUAAGACUCAAACGGCAACAUUCACCAAUUCAGUCAUUGGACAAGAUGGAAUCCUUCUUUUAAAACUGAUCAGGGAAGUCUCGUCUGAUAUUCUUGUACGAGACAUAGUUGUCAAAAUCUGGUACCUUCAUUAUAUAGAACCUAAGAGCAAGGAUCAGAGUGUUCAAUAUCCCGAUAAAUCGACCGGUUACAAAGUUUAGCUGGCGUCACUGAUUUGACAGGAAGUGCUUACUUUACCUUAUGCAUUUUUCAACGUAUAGUGAGUUUGUGUA